GGCGGAAGUCCCAGACGCGCAGUCACUUCCGGAGUGAGAGAAAACAAAAAGAACCGGUUCAACAUCGUUCUACUCAGAGACGAUCAGCGGCGGUACGGAGGGCUUUUUUCAAACUGCUCCACAGUACAACAACCUCACGUCAGCGUUCUCUCUUGCUUACCUGCGUUGUUUUCACCUGAAGGUGGGGUGUAAAGCAGACGACAGACAAACAAAGCUUCUGUAUGCGUGUGCAUGGUGUCACGUGACAGUGGAAUGCGUGACUCGCGGUUCGUGAUUGUUGUGUCGUGCAGUGUUGUGCUACGGAUGACAAAAUGACCACAGUGACGACUUCGAUGGACAAUGAGGGAUCGUUUCGAAACAAGGAUGGUUUCAACAUCUUCUGUCGAUAUUGGAAACCCGAAGGAGCGCCAAAAGCGCUUCUGUUCCUGUCACAUGGUUACGCGGAACACUGCCACGAUCCCCGCUAUGACGACCUGGCGAAGGAGCUCAGUAAGCACGGAUUCUUCGUUUUCGCCCAUGACCACGUGGGCCACGGCAAGAGCGAAGGCCCUAGAGGCAUCUGCAGCUCAGUCGGCGUCUACGUCACAGAUGUCCUCACUCAUGUCGAUAUGAUGAAGGGGAGGCAUCCCGGACUGCCUAUGUUUAUCUAUGGGCACUCAAUGGGAGGCCUUGUAGCAGCCCUAACCCUGGUGCAGCGACCCACUGACUUUUCAGCCGCUGUGCUCUCGGCUCCUCUCCUGGCCACUGACAAGGCGCAAACCUCAUGGCUACAGAUGACAUUGGCCCGUGUUCUUGGCCGUCUGGUACCAAGUCUUCCUAUUGGCUCCUUGGUUAUGUCCAACGCAGUAAAAGAUCCUGAAGUGGUGACUCGGAUGAAUGAGGAUCCCCUACGAUACCACGGCUACAUCAGGGCUGGAUGGGCAGCAGCCAUACUCGAAGCUCUAGACGAGAUCCACGCGAAGUACGAAGCUAUUCAAGUUCCUAUACUGAUUGAGCACGGAACGUUGGACAAACUGUGCAACCUCAGCGGGUCUGAAGAGGCCUACAAGAGGAUAUCGAGCAAAGACAAGACCCUAAAGGUGUACAAAGACUGCUACCAUGGUCUGCUCCACGAGCCUGAUGGAGUCGGCGAUCAAAUCCUCCAGUUCACGGUAUCGUGGUGCGUGGAGCGUAUCGCUCCAGCGGACACCUCAUAAUCUCACAGCCGACACUCCUACGGGUCACGGUCGGUCCAGUGCGGCGCAGUGUUACUUUUUGCGCAAGACCUAUGGAACGCUCUCAGAAAUGCGCGUCGUUCAAUAAUCACAUUUGAGAAUACUGCGUGAAAUGCCUUUAUACAUCGAUGGUCUCUCCGCUGUACAGCGUGAGCAUCGGCACUUUGCUGAAACCAGUUCAAAGUUUUCCAGUUGAAUGAAUUCCAAUUAAAUGUGCCUAGUGGUA